AUGGCUGGUGCCGCUGUUGAUGUUUAUGAUCAUGAUCCCGUUUAUUUUUCUUUGAAUGAAUUUGAACAACAUGAACAAGUUAAAGAAUUAAUUGAUCGAAUUGGAUCUAUUAAUCCUCAAACAGUGAUAGUAAAUGAUGUAGCUGAAACAACUGAUGUCGAACGUAUUUAUGAUAAAUUUCAAUAUAUUCUUAAUCAAUACCAAGAACAACCACAAUUAUUGGAUUCAUAUUUAGCAGAAAUAAUUAAUAAAUUACUUCAUUACAUUGAACAUGGUCCUAAUAAAAAUCAUAUAGCCGGUGCACUUCUUCAUCAUAUUAUAAAAGUUCGUGGUUUUAAAGUCAUGACAACACGUUUUUUACCGCAUGAACCUCAUCAUUUAAUGAUUACACUUAAUUUACUUGAACGUGAAUUAACAGAAAAUUCAUCAUCGGAAAAUGCUUGGGCAACACUUUAUUCAUUACUUGUUUGGCUUGGUACAACAUGUAUGGUACCACUUGAUUUAUGUCGAUUUGAUGCCAAAUCUGCUAAACAAACAACAAUGUCACAAAUAUUAAAUAUCUAUAAACAUUUUCUUUAUAAUUCUGUUUAUAUGCGUAUGGUUGCAUUUAAUCUUGGACAUUUUAUGUCACGUCAAGAUUCCAUACGUCUAUCAUGUUUAAAUGAUUUUUUAACCAGUGAAAUCUUUCCAAUACUUGAAGCAUAUGAUGAUAAUCAAAAUGAUGAACAAAUUAUUUUACGUAUGACAGCAUCUUUACAAACAUUAUCAUAUAUAUUUAAAUUUGGACAACGUUUAAAUUUAAUUACAUAUGUUGAUGUAUUAUAUAAUUUAUUAAUUAAUAAACGUAUUUUAUAUGCUAAACGUAUUGUUAUACGACGUAUGGCUUAUAAAUUAUUACAAAAACUUGCAAUGACUUUAUUACCUAUGCCUAAACAUGGUGCAGCAUGGAGAUAUCGUCGUGGUGUUCGAAAUCUUUUAGAUUCAUUAACAAUAAAAAAGAAUACACCAGUUACUACAACAACUAUGACAGUUAAACCAACAUCCAAAGUCAAUGGACAUAAUCAUGAACCGUAUGAGAAUGGUGACAAUGACGAAAUAGAAGAUAAUAGCAAUGUUCCAUCUUUAGUUGAAUCUAUACUUGAAUUACUUAUGGCAGGUUUAAGUGAUAAAGAAUUAUAUGUUCGAUGGUCAUCAGCUAAAGGUCUUGGUCGUAUUACGAAUCGUUUACGUAAAUCUUAUGCUGCUCAAUUAGUAUCUCUUUUAUGUGAUCGUAUAUCAACAGUUGCUCUUCUUGCCUGUGAUCAUUAUGCUUUACAAGGUGGAUGUUUAGCAUUAGCUGAACUUGCACGUCGUGGUCUUCUUUUACCUGAACGUUUAGAUGCCGUUAUGCCUAUUGUACACAAAUCACUUAAUUAUGAUGAAAAACUUGGUCAUCAAACAUAUGGGCAUAUUGUACGUGAUGCUGCUUGUUAUGUUUGUUGGUCAUUUGCACGUGCUUUUGAUCCAAUUGAUUUUCGUUCAUAUAUAGGUGAUUUAGCUGGUAUGCUUUUAUGUAUAAUAUGUUUCGAUUGGAAUGUUCAGUGUCGUCGAGCAGCAUCAGCUGCUUUACAAGAAAAUGUUGGUCGACAAGGAGAAUAUUUUCCACAUGGAAUUGAUAUAAUACAACAAACAGAUUAUAAUCUUAUUGGAAAAUUUGAUUAUUGCUUUUUAAUUUUAGCACAUUCAUUAAUAAAAUAUUAUGAUGUCUUUGGAAGAUAUAUGAUUGAACAUUUAUUAAAAUAUAAAAUUAUUCAUUGGAAAAAAGAAACACGUUUAUUAACUAGUCAAUUAUUAGAAAAAACAACAAUAGAUUAUGGGACAAUUGAGGAAAUUUAUGAAAAUAUUUUAUUACCAUUAUUUGAUCGAUGUUUAGAUAGAAAAAAUGAUGGAAUUACAAGACAUGGUCUUUUAGCUACUUGUGGUCAUAUUGUUUAUGGACUUCAUCAACGAUAUAAAAGAGACCCAAAUGAAUGUCAACGUUUAGGAGAAUUACGAGACAAUUUACAAAAGAAAAUAUCUACUUUAUUAAAUGAAUAUAAAUCACUUGGAUUUCUUGAUGGAUAUUCAGGUGAUCUUAUUCGACCAUCACUUUGCUCAUUUAUUGAAAAAAUAUCACAAUCAAUCGAUUAUUUCCAACAAGAUAAAAAUAAUGCUUGUUUUUCAAACGAAACAAUUGAUUGUUGGCAAACAAUUUUGGAUGAAUCCAUCAGUAAUUUAGAUGAUGAUGUUAGACAAGCAGGAUUAAAUGCACUUAAAGCUUUUUCAAAAGCAUUUUUUUCAAAUAGCAGUUCUUCUGAUUUAAUUGAUCGUUAUCUUAUAAAAAUUUCUACUACUUCACAAGAACAUAUUCGACAAGGAUUUGCUUUAGCUUUAUCAUAUUUACCAUGUGAAAUGUUAUUAACAAGUAAUACUAUUAAUAAAGUCAGCGAUUGUUUAUUUAAUUUAAUUACAAUCUCAAAACAAACUCAACAUUUAAUAAAACAACGUAAAGAUACACUUAUUGCAUUUUGUAAUCUCUAUGAAAAUCUUCAUUUACAUUCCUUAUCACCAUUUUCUACUCAAGAAUCAAUAAAUAAAUUAAUCAAUUCAUAUCUUCGUUGUACACGUGAUUAUACAAAUGAUCGUUUUGGUGAUUCUGGUCGUCUUGUACGUGAAACAGCAUGUACACAAUUAGUUCGUUUACUUAGAUUAAUCAAUACAAAUAUAAAAACCAAAUCCUUUUUAAAUUCAGCAAUACUUCAUAAUUGUCUUAAUUCAAUUUUAACAAAUUUAUGUUCAAAAAUCGAUGAUUUACGAAUGACAAGUGGUCGAGCAUUACUUGAAUUUUUAUCGAUUCAAUUUGAAUAUCCAAUUGAAAAUAAAAAUGAUUUUGAGAAAAUUUUCUUAAAUCAAACUGAUAUCGACUGGCGUAAUUCAGAAAAAGUUUUUCCUUUAAUUGUUCAAUUAUUAAACUAUGAUAGAUAUCGUUCUAUAAUAUGGUUAAAUUGUUUAAUAACAGCAGGUGAAUUAUCCAAUGCAAGUAUAGCAUUAUAUUCCCAUUUAAUUUUACAUAAAUCAAAUGAGCAUUUAAUAAAUUUACUUUUACAAGAUUUAGAAAAUAUUUUUACGAAUAAACAAAAUUUACAAAUACGUAUUAUUGUUCCAUGUAUACAAGCAUGUGAACGUCUUUUAUCUCAAUCAACAUUUGAAUAUUAUUAUGAAAAAAAUUCACAAAAAUUUAUUCAAUAUUGGAUAAAUAUAAUUCGUUUAUUAGAUGAUAUAUUAGAUAAAAAAAGUCAAACAUUAAAUAAUAAUCCAACAUUAUAUUUACAUUUUAUUAAAUUAUAUUGUUCAUUAUUACAAUUUAAUAAUAAUGAAUUAAGAUCUUUAAUAUUAAAUUUAUUAACAAAAUUUUUUCUUCAUAAAUAUCCAUGGGUAAGACGACAAGCUGCACAAAAUCUUUAUGAUACAUGUGUUAUGUUUAAUGAUGAUUUAUUUAUUGAUGAUAAUGAAAAUGAAUCUGAACAAGUUAUGAAUUUAUUAACAGAAACAGAUUGGGAACAAAAUAUAGAUGAAUUAACAACUAUUCGACAAACAUUACUGAAUUUAUUUCAUAUAGAAUGA